AAUUGAGGACUCUAAAAAAAAAUAAAAAAACAGAAAGUUAAUUAAUUUCCUAUACACUGAUAAAAAAAAAUAAUAUUUAAAUUAUAUGAGACAAAUUUAUCAGUAUAAAUGUUGGGAAAAACUUACCUUCGAUUUUUAUUAGUGACAAAUCAUCAAAAUGGCAACAUCAUCAAUGAAUAUAUCUUGGGAGCCUUUAAGGUUGACUCAUACAAAGCCUUCAUUUAACAACCAUGAAUUAGCUUUAGCAGCUAGACAAGAUCUCUGGCAUAAAUUUAUUAUCUUCGACGUUGGAGACUAUAGUAUGGAAACUGUAUUAGAUGCUACAUUAGCUUCAUGUCAACCAGAAGUAUUAAUGCCUAUGAUGUAUCAUGUUGAUCGUUUAAAUAAAGCAAGUUUUCUUGCUAAAUGUACUAUAGCUGCUAUAGACACACUUGUAAAGCAAGGACUGGAAAUUAAGUUACCUGAUGAUCAUGUACUUAAAAUGGAUAUUGUUUUAGGAUUUAUUAAUAUGCAAUCAUUGCCAAUAAAUCAACAUCGUGUGAUUUCACAAGUAUUAAUAUCAAGAUGGGAUUCUAUGAAGAAGUCUUUAAAUCUUGAGAAUUUUCAUCACGAGCCCAAACUUAAAUCAAUUUAUUGUCCACUUUCAUCUCCAGGAGUAUUUGUCUUUGUUUUAAAAUGCUGCAAACCACGAAUGGGUAAUCUUCGAGAUAAUAAAUUACCUAUAAGAGAAUUGAUCUUAAAAAAUAAUGGAUUAGUCGGUGUAAUUCUUUAUGAAAAAUUAUUAGGAUUUAGUCUUACUAAAUUAGACUUAAGUUUCAACAAAAUUGAAAACAUUGAUUAUUUACGAUACUUUUCGGAGUUUAAAAUAACCGAAUUAUGUUUAGAUGGAAACCCUCUGUGUGCAGAUUACUCUAAACCAGAAGACUAUAUUAGAGCUGUAAAAAAUGUUUUUCCUCAUUUACAAAAAUUGGACGGAGUUGUAAUUGACGUUGCACAAAAAUGCACUCCAAUGAUACAACAAUAUUUUCUGGAUGAUGGUUCACGAUUGAGUCUCAUUAAACAGUUUAUUAAACAUUAUUUUACUUUAUAUGAUCAAAACGAUCGAGAAGUUUUAGAUGGUCUUUAUGAAUCAGAUUCUUUUUUCUCAUUUACUUUCGGAGAUAUAGCCAAUCCUCGUCAUCGACAAUUGACAAAAGUUUUAAAUCUGAAUAGAAAUCUUAUAAAAGUAGUUGAUUAUUCUAGAUGUUAUAAAUAUUUAUUUCAAGGAUCUUAUGAAAUUAUAGAAUGUUUGAGGACUUUACCUCCAACUUUUCAUGAUUAUAAGUCUUUUAGUAUUGACAUAAUCCAUCAAGGACAUCGUUACGUAGCUUUUUCUGUGCAAGGAUCAUUCUUUUAUCGUGAAUUUCCUGUAUCUCUACUUUUCAAUAGAACUUUUAUUGUAGUUGAAGUAGAAGAUAAUGAAUAUAGAAUAAUCAAUGAUCAAUAUCAUAUACAAAGUGGUAAUUCAACAAUGAUUGAAAAUGACUGUUUAGCUAAAUUAAAUGUAGUACCUACUUUUACUCCAGUUUAUCUCGGAAAUCAAGAAAAAAUACAAAUGAUAGGAGCUCUAUCAAAUAUAACUACAAUGAAUAAAACUUUUUGUCGAGAAUACCUUGAAAAUAUUGGAUGGGAUUUACGUGCUGCGUUUAAAAAAUUUAUAAAAGCCUAUACAGUAAAUAAUAUCCCACCACAUGCUUUCAAAUCUAUAUGCUAAUAUUUUCACAUGGUGUCUAAUAAAAAUUUUGAUAUCAAUAUCUUGUGAGUAUAUCUAAUUCUAUGUGAGUAUGUCUAUAUAAAUGUAGGUUUUGAAUAAAAAAUAUUACCAGCAAAGACUA